UUCCGGGCAGGAGCGUGUGGUUUGUAGUAGCAGCGCUACGGCUUUGUUGCCCAUUGUUUUCUAAAUUAAAUACAAUUCUGUUUUGUUGUCGACAUGGUGAAGUUGUCUGUUGAACUCAUUGAGCAGGCUGCUCAAUAUACCAACCCUGUGAGGGACAGAGAGCUUGAUUUAAGAGGUUACAAAAUACCUGUCCUUGAAAAUCUUGGAGCCACUUUGGAUCAAUUUGACACAAUUGAUUUGUCUGACAAUGAAGUCAGAAAACUGGAAGGCUUCCCUCUGCUCAGGAGACUCAAAACUUUGCUGUUGAACAACAACAGGAUUUGUCGGAUUGGUGAAAAUCUUGAGCAGUCUCUACCAGCUCUGCGAGAACUGGUUCUUACAAACAACAGCAUUCAGGACUUGGGUGACUUGGACCCGCUAGCCUCAGUGAAGACACUGACCCUUCUUAGCUUGUUAAGAAAUCCGGUGACAAACAAGAAACAUUACAGGCUCUAUGUCAUCAACAAGAUCCCACAGAUCCGUGUUCUUGACUUCCAGAAGGUAAAGCUCAAGGAGCGACAGGAGGCGGAGAAAAUGUUCAGGGGCAAACGAGGUGCUCAACUCGCAAAGGAUAUUGCCAAGCGAGCACAAACAUUCACUCCUGGUGUGGCAGUGCAGCCUGAGAAGAGGAGGACGGGGCCAUCUGCAGCAGAUGUGGAAGCCAUCAAGAAUGCCAUUGCUAAUGCCUCAUCCUUGGCAGAAGUGGAGCGUUUGAAAGGGAUGCUUCAGGCUGGUCAGAUUCCAGGACGAGUUCUCAUGCAAGGUGCAGCUGGUAUGGUGGAGGAGGAAGAAGAGGAAGAGAGUGAUGCACAUAUGGGUGUUGGAGAAGAAAUGGACGGGGGUGAACAAGAUGAUGAAUACAUGGAUGACGAGCCUCCUGUUAAUGGUUCCUGAAACACCUGAAACCUUUUAUGUCUUGAAAUGUAGAUAUGAGUUGGUAAUUGUCCAGAAAUGUCUUUUAUACAAAUGGAUACAUUAAAACGUUUUUUUUUAAGUCUUUUUUUUAACCAUUUAUUAAUCGCAUCGCAUUCUCAGCCAUGAAACCUGUAAAAAAUCCUAGGUUCAAGAAUUGAUGUAUACCUGUGUAGAUCUUUAUCUGUAUAUUAUUUCUGUAUAUUAUUUUAAGUCUGGCUUCCAUACAUGUAAAGCCACUGGCAAUACAUGGUAGACCUUUUUUGGGGGAGAUUGGGAAAAUCAGAUAGAAUGAUUUUCCUACAAUUUAAGGGUAAAUCAUUAAAGCAGGACCAGUUAAAGUACA